UGUUCCUCUCUCAAAAUCUAAGCCAAACCAAGUUCAUUUCUCAACCCUUCUCUUUCACUCUCACUCAACAUUAAGAUCCUUUUCUCUCCCACUUUCUCUCUCUUUCUCGAGAAAAUAAAGAAAAUCGAAACCCCAAUUUCAAUUUCAAUACCAUUUUCAAUUUCAGUUUCGUUUGGAUUACUCCGAUAGCUUCAAUUCAUGGCUGCGACAAAACCCCAACGCACUCCACAGGAAGUGGAGGACAUUAUCAUCCGCAAAAUCUUCCUCGUCUCCAUAACAGAAAUCGAGAAGACAAGCGCAACGGAUUCAAGAAUCGUGUAUUUGGAACUAACAGCUGCGGAGAUUCUCAGCGAAGGGAAGGAGCUUCGCCUCUCUCGGGAUUCAAUGGAGAGGGUUUUGAUUGACCGUCUCUCCGGAGACUUUUCUUCCACCACCGGUGAAGCCAGUGAGACACCGUUCCAGUACCUCAUCGGAUGCUACCACCGGGCGCACGAGGAGGGGAAGAAAAUUGCGAACAUGAAGGACAAGAGCUUGCGCUCGGAGAUGGAGGCGGUGGUGAGGCAGGCUAAGAAGCUCUGUGUCAACUACUGCCGGAUUCAUUUAGCCAAUCCCGAGCUCUUUCCGAGCCGGAAUUCGGCGGGUACCGACGCCAAAUCGCCGCUACUGCCGCUGAUUUUUGCGGAGGUAGGCGGCGGAAGCGUGUUCGGGGGCGGCGGUGGCGGGGUCAAGAGUCCGCCGGGGUUUCUGGAGGAGCUUUUCAGGGACCCGGACUUUGACAGCUUGGACCUGAUUCUGAAGGGGUUGUAUGAAGAGUUGAGAGGGAGCGUUAUGAAUGUGUCUGCUCUGGGGAAUUUUCAGGAUUCUCUGAGGGCUUUGUUGUAUUUGGUUAGGUUUCCCUUUGGUGCCAAGUCACUUGUGAAUCACGAGUGGUGGAUUCCCAAAGGGGUUUAUGUGAAUGGCCGUGCUAUUGAAAUGACCAGCAUUUUGGGUCCCUUUUUCCACAUUAGUGCUCUUCCUGAUCAGGCGUUUUUCAAGGGCCAGCCUGAUGUUGGGCAGCAGUGUUUUUCUGAUGCAUCAACUAGGCGACCAGCUGAUUUGUUAUCUUCAUUUUCGACUAUUAAAACUGUCAUGAACAACUUAUAUGAUGGGCUGGCUGAAGUUAUGCUCAUCCUUCUUAAAAGUACAGAUACUCGUGAAAGAGUACUUGAGUAUCUUGCGGAGGUGAUCAAUAUAAAUGCAUCCAGGGCUCAUAUACAGGUUGACCCUAUUACUUGUGCAAGUUCAGGCACCUUUGUAAAUCUCAGUGCUGUCAUGCUUCGUCUAUGUGAGCCAUUUUUAGAUGCAAAUUUAACAAAAAGGGAUAAAAUUGAUGCAAAAUAUGUACAUUACUCAAAUCGCUUGAAGAUAAGUGGGUUGACUGCUCUUCAUGCAUCAUCAGAAGAAGUUGCUGAAUGGCUUAAUAGUAAAAACCCAGCUAAGACUGGGGCAACCAGUCAAUAAAAUGAUGAUCAGAAACGCUUACAACAAUCCCAAGAGGCCAGUAGUUCUGGUAGUAAUAAUGCUGGUGAGCUCUCAAAUGAAAAUUCUGCACCAGCUGAAAAGACGAAAUAUUCAUUUAUUUGCGAAUGCUUCUUUAUGACCGCAAGAGUGCUCAACUUGGGCCUUUUAAAAGCAUUUUCUGACUUCAAACAUUUAGUUCAGGAUAUAUCUAGGUGUGAAGAUGCUCUAUCCACA